CCGUGACAAUUGAGAAUGCCGCAACCUAGAGUGAGGUUAAUAGUGACUGGUGAUGAUUUUGGAUAUUGCUUGAGGAGGAAUCAAGGUAUUAUGGAAUGCUUUAACGCAAAAGCAAUUUCCAACGUUUCCUUAUUGGUAAAUGGCACUGCGGCUAAAGAGGCAGCUAUAUCGGCUACAAGAAACAAGGUUCCACUUGGUCUUCAUGCAAACCUUUCUGAGGGGCGACCUGUCUGUGAUCAACUCCGAAUGGGUUCUUCCCUUGUCAACAAGGAUGGCUUUUUCCAUGGGAAGAUGGGAAUUAGGGAAGUGCUGAAGAGUGGCCAUAUCAACCUGUCUGAGGUAGACCAGGAGUUAAGAGGACAGGUAGAUCUAUUCUGUGAACUAACAGGACAUUUACCUCACCAUAUGGAUGGACAUCAGCAUGUUCAUGUUUUACCCGGUAUACGAAAUAUAUUUGCACAAGUACUUUCAGAUUAUGGAAUUAAGUACACUCGAGUCCCUAUAGAACCAGGCCUGCAUGACUGUGAAUGGAUAGGACAGCAGCUAAUGGACUUCUAUCUGCAAGUUGAAAAAGAUGCAUUCAAUUCAAUUGAUGUAUUUAGACAACAUGGAAUCAGGUGGACUGAUAUCUAUAUUGGCCUAACAACAAUGGGGAAAAAUAUGUCAGUAUCAAAUAUCCAGCAAGUCAUUGAAAAUGCCAUAGCCACAAGGACAGACAUCUCCUGUGGGAAAAGAUUCCGACCUCUACAGGAUGAUGCAAUAUUGACAAUGGAACUAAUGGUGCAUCCUGGUUAUCCCAGCUUUCCUGAGGAGGGCGGAUGUGGUGAAGGGCCCGAUGAAUUUUCAAUGUCUGCAGAUCGAUUUCUUGAACUGCAAACCCUCAAGGAGUCAAAACUACUAAAAUAUUAUGAAGACAAAAAUAUACAACUGUGCUCUUUCAAAGACAUAAAGGAAAUAGGAGCUGAGAAAAUAAUUCAGAGAGAUGGGAAUGAACACAAAUUUGAGGCUUUCAGGGACUAGAGAAUGGCAGUGCCAGAAAUCCUUGCAAAUUAAAUGCCAUGGGAUCACAGGAAAAAAAGACAUGGUUAUAGAAGUGAAACUAAAUUAUCCAAUAUUUCACUGGUCAUACAGAAAAAUGCAUAAUGUUUAAUAGAGUUAGAAUUUAACUACAGUAAAAGCGCCCCUUUGGUUACUUCUAGUUCCACUCAGAGCAGAUGUCAGUGCUAAUUCUUAACAAAAAUUUAAAUCAUCAGUUGAAUUUAUCCUGUGUAUUCAAGGAAAUUGAAAUUAGGUUCAGUGUGGUGUUCCAAAUAUUUCAGUUUGCUAUCUACAGCAUCAAAACAAAUGAAGUAACAAGGCAACCAAUUUUGAUAAAAUUAAUGCCUCAAAGAGUUUAUAUUUUAGAAAGCAUUAAACUAUACUUCUUUAAACAAGUACUGAUAUACAGAAUUACAAAACAAUGUGCAAUAACUUGAAAUUUCAUAAAACAUGGGAGACAUAUUGAUCAAUAAUUAAAAUCAGUGUUUGGUCAUGAAGUGCUCGGUUAUAAAUAAAAAAAAGGUCACUUAAACUGAACAGGUUUUAUAGAAUCACAGAAUUGCUGUGGCACAGGAGGCUAUACCUGCACAAGUUCAGUUCCCUACUGCCUUUUCCCCCCAUCCUUGAAUGUCAUCUCUAUCCAAAUUAUUAUCGAAUGCCUUCU